UUGAAGUUUUUAUGUUGUCUAUUAUUUCGGUUAUGUCACGUGUCGGAAGAAAUCUCAUGAAAUCUGACAUUUAGUAAAAUAGUUGACAUGGACUUAAGAAAGCAUCCGGAUAAUUAGUGAUAAAAAAAAAAAAGAAAAAAUAAAUUAACGUUUGUUAAUGAUCUUUAUUACGCGUUCGCGGAAGUAUAGCCGCGAAAGUGGUGCGUGUUGUGAAAAAAACCAGGGACGCCGCUAUGGCGGAACGUCCCGGUGGCGUUGGCGGGAAACGGCGAUCGCGUCGUGACAGCAGCGACACUGCAAGCUCAUCCCACCGUGGGACGCCGGCUUCGUCUAAGGAACGACGAACUAAACGAACUGGUAAGCCCAUUAAAGAGCGAUGGCUCUUGACACGCAAGACCUGGCGCUACAUGGCGGACGCUGGUCGUCGUCUGAUACCCGACGGUGCUCAUAAUCGCGCUGAGGAUAUUCCUAAAAUAGAACAAUACUUCCAGGAAGUGUGUCAGAGGGAGCCGAAAUUUUUGCUGUGGCGCAAGUCUUCGUAUCCUGGUACUUUGGGCUUUCGGACUCACAGACAUCGGAGACUGGUCAAGGGCGGCAGCUGCCGGACCAAAGCCAGUUCUGCUGAUGAGGCUGAUGACUCACGUGGUUCUUCUGUCGGGCAGAGUUGUUUGCCAUCGUAUCCAGCGACUUCGGGUGGACGGUUUGAUAUCUCAAAGACCAAACGUGACUGGUUACUUUCAAGUGGAGCCGGUGGAAGUGGCAGCACUCCCUCGACACCUGUUGCGAGGCGUCGUGCUCCUGUAGAAGACACUGAGGCCAAAGCGCUGGCGGACAUGCUGCAGAAAUAUUUGAAUAUACAUUCAGAGGCUGGUGCUGGAGCUGGAACUGGAACGGGAUCUGGAAUGGGUAUUGGUGCUUUAGGCGAAGCUGGAGCUGGGGUCAGCGAUGCUAAAGAUAAAAAUAAUCAUGAUCAAAAAUCGGGAAACCAAGCAUUUGAUUAUGAAAGUUUAAUCGAAAAACUUGAGCAGCAUUUGGAUUUGAUUAUGACCCAAGGGAAAUUAGACGGACAUUCUCAGAAUGAUUCAUCUCGUGACAGCUCUGGAGACGGUUCGAUGCUUUCCUAUAGAGGUGACUAUGUCCACAAAUCGUUGAUUGAAACGCUGAGUCGUCACUAUGCCAAGUCAUCCAACCGCGAGCACGUAAUUUCAGGAAUUCUAACAGACAGAAAAUUACUAGAGAAACUUUACUUUGACUUGAGAUGCACAAGAGGAUUCCGAGGACUCAGAACUACUGGUGCUUAUACCUCACCCCCCCAUUGGUGGAAUCCACGCAGUAGGUUCACUAAAGACGGCAGCGACUCCGGAAGUGAUUGGAAAGCUAGAAGGGAUUUUGUUUCUCCGCCUCCACUGAUUGCUGUCCAAGGACCCAGUACUGAAAGAGGAAUUAUUUCCGUCGACGCCGUCGUACAGACUGACCCGGUAGCCAAACAUGUCCUCGACGCGCUUUAUGACAAAGAAAAAGAGGAGUCCAGCCAAAGAGACAGUGGGAAGAGUUCCAGAAGACGCAGCAGUGUUGAUAUUGAUGACGUCUCACCUUCCGUCAGUGACACAAUAAAACGAUACUUGAGGAUGGCUCGAAAAAAAUCUAUCGACGCGGACAAAGCCGACCGGUUCAAGCGCGUAAACUAUGACAGAAAUCUACGGAACAUCAAGGCCAAGGGUGAGAUCACCAAACCCGGCGAUGACUCCGGCAACAGCAAGGGCUGCCAGACUGAAGACAACUGGGUCAACGCCUACAAAGGAACGCUCUCAAUGUCCCCAGAAACUGGUGACAACUUUUCGGACGCGGACACGACCUCGCCCGUCAGCAGGAAUGCCAGCUCGAGGAGCAGCAUCGACGCGGGUCUCGGAUCCGAAGAACCUCCCAGCACUCCCAAACACCAUCAGUCCUUUCUGUCCCAGCUGUUACACGGCUCCCAUCCUCACAAAGACAAACCACACUCCGCCCCCGGUUCACCCGCUCUCACCUCAUCAAAUUCCGCAGGUGGAGCAGCGAUGCAGAAAAGCAAAUCCUCCAGCAGUGUCGUUCAUCAUGGCAGCAGACUGGUGGCUAAAAAAAUUUGGAGAUCACGAAGUAAAUCCACUUCGAGGGCUAAUCAACCUUCCGUCUGGACGCCACAGGGAAAGUGCACGUGGGCUGGUACAAGUGGUCGGCGAGUGACUCUUCAAGAUAUACCUCUGCGAGUUCUGUCAGAAGUUGAAAGAAAAGUUCUUUGUAGAGUUGCCGUAGCGAAACUUCAAGCUCUCAAUCUGGGAGUUCACAUCAGGCCGCCAACUGAAUCACUAGGAAGUACAUCAGUGACAAAUAAACCUAAACGACGCGCAUAUUUGUUGAAAAGAAAAGCUCUGACGACCGGAUUUUUUGAAAAUAAAACGAAAGAGGAUAAAGAUAAAGAUUCUACUGGUGGUCUUGUAUUUGGAAUUCCAAUAUCGCAAUGCCUAGAGAACGACCGACUGGCUAGAAUUGCCGCUGGCGAGGUUGCUGACGUCGGCUGCUUAUCUAGAAACAGCAGACACGGUAGUAGAACUAGCUUUACUAGUCUAAUCGAGACACCCACUGCUGCCUCUAAAACAGAUGAGGGUGGCUCGUGUGAAUCUCUGUCGUCUAAAGGUGGAGCACUUGCUGGUAGUGAUUCUGGUGGCCCGGAAUUGAGUGACAGUGGAGGUGGCCCACCUGGUGAAUGGGACGCAGUGCCCGCGAUCGUUAGACAAUGCAUCAAACAUCUCGAGCUCACGGGAUUGAGAACGCUAGGAAUUUUCCGGGUUUCGCCGUCAAAAAAACGAGUCAGACAACUGAGAGAAAAUUUUGAUUGUGGCCGGGACGCAAAAAUAGAUGCCGAUCAAUGUCCUCAUGACGUAGCGACCCUACUCAAAGAAUAUUUUCGUGAUUUACCCGACCCACUGCUCUGUCGAGAUCUCUAUCAAGCAUUCGUCCACACCCAGAAAAUACGUAACAGACGGUUACAGCAAGAAGCGCUCCAGCACUUAAUCCAGUUGCUGCCGACAGCCAACAGAGAAACCCUCUGGGCGCUGCUUAAUUUUCUAACCGAAGUUGCCUCCAACAGUGAGGACGUCAGGGACGAGAUCGGCGACUGGAUUCCCGGGAACAAAAUGGACUUGACUAAUCUGGCAACGGUUUUUGCACCGAAUAUCCUCCAUUGCGUAAAACCAGGACAAGCUAGAUCAGAAGUGUCUGUAGAACGAGCAGAAGAGCGGAUAGAUGUGAUUAAUGUCGUUCGCGCAUUGCUUGAAAACUCGGCGAGUCUCUUUACGGUACCAGCUGCGCUUCUUGAUGAGCUUUAUCUCCAUAUGAUGGAUACCCACCCAGUAGAUCUUGACCUCGCGCUAUCACGACGUGCCGAAGAACAAUGUGUAGACGAAGUGGAUCCGUGCAGCGAAGCCGAAACUUUUUCCGUCGAAGAGACUACUGGAGGCGUGAUAUCAACUGCGCAGACUGCCAAGAAAGUUUGGUCGCGAGAGCAGUGUCUCCACCAGAUGGCUUGCAUCGGCGGAGACAUCGGGCCUAAGCCAAGACGACCUAAGCGACCCGGCUCACGACGAAAGGAAGAGGGCAGAAGCAACAGCGUCGACAGCGGCUCCAGCGAAGACCUUUUGGACCCCCGUCGGAAAUCAUCUCCAAUGAUUAUCACCGCCAGUCUCACCAUCCCCAUGACCGGGGCUUUCACUCUUAAUCUCGACGACCCAGACAUACCUUUUAUUGAAGAGCAACCCAAGCCUUCGGUACCGCCCAGAAAACAGCGACAGCGUUCAAUAUCCGGGUGCAGCGAAGGUGGUAGGCAUGGUAGUGACAGUGCUGUUGGUUCAUCAGCUACUUUAUCUGGAGAUCAACCUCCCAGUUCGCCCCCAUCCUGGGCAUCAUCACCACCAGCAAGUCCCGACAGUACUGUAACCGCUGUCUCUUAUAUUCCCGAUCAACAAGCCGUGUUGCAGAGAGUUUCAUUCACGACUUCCAGCGAAGUCAGACAGAUUUCACGUUCUGUCAGUCAAGAAGCUUCCAAAGCGACCAUUUCACCAGCUUACAAUCCGAGUAUUACCAGCAUCGGCGGUGCCGUUCUAAGAUCCAAGACUGCGGACAUCGAGAGAAUGUUGCAUAUUUCGCAAGACAAGAAUUCAAAAGUUAAUUCCGGAGUGAGCACGAUAACAACGACAACAACAACGACUACCUCUUCGACAUCAAGCGACAGUAAAAAAUACACCAAAAGAAGGUAUACCGACUCGAGACAUCAGACGAGGCAUAUCCCGGACGCUGACAGUCUAGUGGACAAAUCCCCAUCUGCGAUAACUUCGGUCUCCACGAGCUCUUCCGUGGUCUCUAUCAGCAACUCUCAGGGUCAGCAGCGGAACUCAGUAACGCCGGUUUGGAAACGACGUGAAAUAAUAUCGUCAGCGCCCACAAAAGAUCGGCAAAAUUACUUCUGAAUGAUAACUAUUAUUUUUCAUCGUGAUAUUUAUAAUUUAAUAAUAAAAAAGAAAAAAAUUUUUCAAGUCUUUUAACGGGUUUCAAAUGUUUUUUUAGACAACCAGCCGUCCUGAAAACAAAUAAUAAUAAAAAUAUAAAUGCUUAUUGAUCUCGUCGUCGAUUGUGACGAACUUAAACAGAUUUAUCGCUAAAUUUAACAGGGAAAUAAUUUAUUUUAUUAUUAAGAAUGCUUUUUAAGUCUAUAAGUAUAAAAUAUAUAUGAGAAAAGUAAAUUUAUAAAUUUUCUUUCUAACUUUUUAAUGAAAACCUCCAGGCGAGGUCAUUUUUUAAUCGUGUACCAAA